CGUGCCUGCCAGGGUCCGCUGGACUACAACUCCCGGCAGCCUCAGCCAGGCCGGCCGAGGCUCAGCGCUGAUGGGAGUCGUAGUCGCUGAAGGAACCCAUAGAGGUGGCCCCCCUCCCGCCUCUCAGUAAGCCCCAAGGAAAUGGGAAAGGGAAGGGAGGGCGACGAGGAGGAGGCUUUCGGCGUGGCGGGGUGCCGCCGGUGGUGUACCACCCCCCCUCACGGGCAGGGCAAGCGGAACUGUCGAGCAGGGGUCUCGUUUCCCGGGCGACUCCUGAAGCGUGUAACACAAGAGGCCGAGACGGGCUUCCUUUAUCCGAGGCGCGCUGCAUGCUGGGAGACCGGCGGGCGAGGAAACGGAGGCACGCCGUUGCGGAGAGCGGGAGCGCCUGACGGUUUGAACACAUCCAGCUUCAGUCAUGUCUAUCGGAGUGCCAAUUAAAGUCCUGCAUGAAGCAGAGGGUCAUAUUGUGACCUGUGAGACGAAUACAGGAGAAGUAUACCGCGGAAAGCUCAUUGAGGCUGAGGACAACAUGAAUUGUCAGAUGUCCAACAUCACAGUGACCUACAGAGAUGGGCGUGUGGCGCAACUAGAGCAGGUGUACAUUCGGGGGAGCAAAAUCAGAUUCCUCAUCUUGCCCGAUAUGCUGAAAAAUGCACCAAUGCUGAAAAGUAUGAAGAACAAAAACCAGGGCUCUGGGGCCGGAAGGGGCAAAGCUGCUAUCCUGAAAGCCCAGGUGGCUGCCAGAGGAAGAGGGCGUGGCAUGGGACGUGGCAACAUUUUCCAGAAGCGGCGGUAACUACGGACGCAGGCUUUUCUCACUGAAUUGGAAACUGUAGUUGUAGAAUGUGGUGGCGAUGGGCUUUUGUGUUAUUCAAUAAAUGUGUUUCUUACAAAA